UGUGAUGGCAGAUGACCAUAAUUUUCAUAUAUCAGUCUUUGGUCAUAUCGAUUCAGUUUAUUUUCCCGGUGGAUUAAUUGGCGAUUCAGUCUUUAUGAGAUACGAGUUUGUCGCAGGCGAAAGUUGGGAAAUAAUAUCAGGAUGCGAAACUGGUAUAAGCCAAACUUCGUCUCCAGGAUCGAAAAUGGAAUUUAUAGCUUUCAAUGUGCCAAUUGAAGUGACUUUUAGAAGCAGUACACCUUCUGGAUGGCCACAGUUGAUCCUUUCUGUCUACGGCAUUAACAUCUGGGGCAUUGAAAACAUAUUGGGUUAUGGAAGAGUUCAUGUACCAGUAAACCCAUCUUCUAGAAGCACAAUUGAAGUAGAUUUAAGCGUCCCUAGAUGGAAUAAUAGGUGCCCUUCUUUUCCGUGUUAUGUGUCAUUCAAAAAUCGUGAAAUCGGUGACCCUAAAAUUUUAGCUGAUGGAAGGAUAGAUUCUCAAUUGCAGACAAUAUCAUAUGGUACGGUGAAAUUGGAGUUACAAUUGGCAACACGUGGACUAUCAAGUAUGCAUCUGGAUUGCGCUUAAGUUUUGUCUCGAUUUUUGUAUAUUUUUUUUAAGUUUGUCCAUGAUUUCUAAUUA